AUGGGUGUCUACUCGAAAGCACUUGAAUUUUCCGAAAAAUCACAUAAAAUCUUGGAAAAAGCUCUGCCUUCGAACCAUCCCGAUUUGGCUACUUCGUACAACAAUAUCGGUGGAGUGUAUAAUGACAUGGGUGACUACUCGAAAGCACUUGAAUUUUACGAAAAAUCACUUGAAAUAAGAAAAAAAGCACUGCCUUCGAAUCAUCCCGAUUUGGCUAUUUCGUACGCCAACAUCGGUGGAGUGUAUAAUGACAUGGGUGACUACUCGAAAGCACUUGAAUCUUACGAAAAAUCACAUAAAAUCUUGGAAAAAGCUCUGCCUUCGAAUCAUCCCGAUGUGGCUACUUCAUACAACAACAUCGGUAGAGUAUACAGCAACAUGGAUGACUACUGGAAAGCACUUAAAUUUUACGAAAAAUCACUUAAAAUAAGAGAAAAAACUCUGCCUUCGAAUCAUCCCGAUUUGGCUACUUCAUACAACAACAUCGGUCAAGUGUAUAAUGACAUGGGUGACUACUCGAAAGCACUUGAAUUUUACGAAAAAUCACUUGAAAUAAGAGAAAAAGCUCUACCUCCGAAUCAUCCCGAUUUGGCUAUUUCGUACAGCAACAUCGGUCUAGUCUAUAAAAACAUGGAUGACUACUCGAAAGCACUUGAAUUUUACGAAAAAUCACAUCAAAUCUUGGAAAAAGCUCUGCCUCCGGAUCAUCCCUCAUUGGGUACUUCAUACAACAACAUCGGUGGAGUGUAUGAUGCCAUGGGUGAGUACUCUCAAGCGCUGGAAUUUUACGAAAAAUCACAUAAAAUCUUAGAAAAAGCUCUGCCUUGGAAUCAUCCUGAUCAGGGAAAGUCCUACGGCAACAUCGGUCAAGUGUAUAACAACUUGGGUGACUACUCGAAAGCACUUGAAUUUUACGACAAAUCACAUAAAAUUAAAGAAAAAGCUCUGCCUUCGAAUCAUCCCUCAUUGGCUAUUUCUUUUGGCAACAUUGGUGAAGUGUAUAACAACAUGGGCAAUUACUCAAAAGCACUUUCAUUUCUAGAAAAGGCGCUUGCUAUCCAACAAAAAACACUUCCGCCAUCACAUCCUCAUAUUAAAGAAACGAUACGAAGAAUUAACAAUGUGAAAAACCUGUAAUUUUUUGUUUUGAUUUGCUGAAUAAGUUUAUUUGCAUUACAAUUGAGUUCGCUUUUUCUGGGCUCAUUCUCGCGUAGGCGCGACCAGGAAGACUCCCUGUAAGCCCACAAUGGGUACACGCAGAGCGGACUACGCCGGACUGGUCGGGCAUAAUCAAAGGUGUGAGAUACGUGAACGGCGACAGGGAUCUACGAACAGACGGCCUUCCGGAGUACUCCACUGCUUUCGCCAACAUAGACACAAAAAGUCUCCUUGGGUCAGAUUACGAAGCCAUCUGACGGGCUGUGAUAUAAAAUAGUAUCUAUCUCCCUCCAGAUAAUAAUAUAAGUAUGAAAGAAAAAAUUAACUUGAAAAGUUCUAGUGGCCAAUAGAACUUCUCAACUUAUUUAUUAAUUUUUUAUCCCAAUACGAAAAAAAAGAAACAACAUACUCUAUUUAAGAUUGGAAUAUAUAUAUAUAUAAUAUGUAAAUGUAUAAAUAUCAUAAUUAAGUACAUAAUUGUAUCUUGCACCUUCUAAAAAAAAAACAAUUUAUUAGAAUACUUAUUCAAUCUAUCGUUGAUACAAUAGAUCUAUUGAAUUGAAUGAUUUUAUACAAGAAAAUCAUUCCUUAUAUAGGAUAUUUGAAAAACAUGAACUAUCACUUAAUGAUAAUGAUUAAUAGAUAAUCAUCGACGAUCAAUUUAUCGUCAGUCGACGAUGAAUAUGUACUUAUUCUAUUUACAUCACAUUCACAGCCGUAACUCAGUGAUUAAAAAAAAAAAGAAAACAAAAACAAUUCAUUUCAAUGGUUAUUGUUUGAAUUUCCAUGUAGGAAAUUUCAUUCUUUUCUUUGACAUCAUUUUCAUUGCAUUAUGAUGAUUAUUUUCGAAAACUAAGAUUUCUUCAUUACUUUCAUUAGUUUUGUGCGAUUUGAAUCCUUUUUAUAGAAUUCAAGGUCUUUCUUUUUGUAUCCUUCUCAUCAUGUUAUUUUCAUGAAUUAAAAGCACGAUUUUCAUCAAUGAAUUUCAAACGACAUUAAAGAAUACAUAUGGUUUAUUCAUCACAAAUGACUUUUUUUUUGUCAUUUUAUAAGUCACACCCUCAAGAUAUUGUACAUCUGAUGUUAAAUCACGUUACAAGACAUGUACAUGUUUGAGUUUUUAAUGAAGCUCUACAUCAAUUAAUUACUUAACGAGCUUUAUUGUAAAAUAUUUUCGUACAUAUAUUUGUUUUCAUGCAUGAAUUCUUUUCGAAAUAUCACUUGAUUGAUAAUAAUAGUCUUUAUGAUAAAGAUAUUGAUGUUGAAUUGAUAGUUAUUAUUUGUCAUGAUUUAUCAGGUAUAGAUGAUAGUUCCAAAGAAAUAGAUUACUGUUUUCAUAAUGGU